AUGUCAUUGGAUAACAAAUGUUCCAGUGUAGACAAUAAAAAGACUAAAAAUACAAUUAUAACAGAUUUUUUUUUGCCAAAAACUUGCUCUGUAUCAAAUUUUUCUGAAUUCUCAAUAAAAGAUCAAUUAGUUAAGGAUAAUAAUGAAGAAAUUUUCAAUUUUGAAAAUGAACUAAAUACUGAAUUUAAUUUUGAAAAGUCAAAUGUUGAAAAAUUAAAAAAAAAGUCUAUUGAUCCUAUUGUUUCAGAAUAUUGUUUUUCUCUUGAAACUCUUUUAAAAGAUCAAGAAAAUAGGAAAAAAAGAUAUGAAUCAUUCAAUCGUGCUCAGGAAUUAUCUAAGGUGGAAGUAAUUAAUUUAGACGAUAUAACGUCUUUUGUUGGUUCCGAAGUUGAAAUUGCUCUUAAAAAAGAAAAAGAGAAAAGAAAAGAACUUCAAACUGUUCUUAAUGAAACUGAUAUUUUUAAAAAACAAAUAUAUUGGUCCUUUUUUGUUAAUGAAAUAAAAAAAAUAGAUUUAGAAGACAUAUCUACUAAAGAAUUUGAAUUGCAAUGUGAUAUGUUGAUGUUGGAGAAAGAUAGAUUUUCGUUUCUUUUAAUUACAGGAUAUUUUUUGGAUAUGACAGACUCUGGCGAUAAGUUUUCUCCAAAAUUUGUACAAUGGUUGUUAGAUAAUCUUUGUAUAGAAGAAAAUGGAAUGUUGCUUUACGGAUAUUUUUCUAUCCUUUUAAAAAUAUAUAGUUCAGUUUUUUAUCAGAUGCAUGUUUUAUCUGAAUUUCAAAUCAAGAGAAUUUUUUUACUUCUUGGUGCAAGUAGUGAAGCAAUAGAUAUUCAAUCAUUUAUUGAAUUUGAAAAUAUAAAAAAUUAUAAUAAUGAUAUAAAUAACAUUUUUUUUUCAAAAAUAGUGAAUCUUAAACUGGUUUUGAUUUUUUUAACGAAUGCAUUAUUGCAUAAUCGUAUAAAAAAGCGUCAAUGCAUCUUACUUAUUUUUUCAAUCAUACUUAAGCUUUACAUGGAUCAGAAUUGUGCGCUCUAUUUAAGUUCUUCAUUAUAUUUAUGUUAUUUUCAGCUUUUUAAUAAUAUAUCAAAUCUAGAUUUUCAAUCUAUAGCAUUUGAUAUGUUUAGUAUUGCUUAUAAUAUUACGAAAGACUCGUUUAUGAGAUUACGUAUUUUACAAUCAUUUCCAGUAGAACAUAUUUAUGGGAGGGUUUUACGUUCUACAUUAGCGUUUUCAAUGUUACUAAAUACUCAUAUUCCGCCGGAUAAUUUUCCUGAUAAUCCUAAUCUUUCUUUUUCAAGAAUACUUGAUUAUAUACAGUCAUCUCGACCAUUCUUUCCAAUAGAUUCUAAUACUAACUAUUUCGAAUUAUGUAUUGCCAUAUAUAUGUUGGAUUAUAUAUUAUCUCAAUCCUCAUGUCAAGAUAUUCAAAUUGUUGAAAAAAUAUGUAAAUUAUUGAAAAAUGUAGAUGAAAAAAUAUUGAACUCUAGGAAUGCUUUUGUUGUUAGAACAGAGGCUAAAGUCAGGAUUCAAAGGCUUUUGUUAAGAUUAACUCAUACGUUUGGCAUUUUUUCAAAGAUGCACCAAUCUACACUUGAAUACCACUUUAAUAAAAUAUGA